AUGGGUUUUCUCUUUAUCUUCAGCUUGUUUGCGUGCUUUCUAUUUUACUUCUUUGCCCGCCUUUGUGGGAAGUACGGGGGUUUUCGUGCCUUUUGGCGACGACGCGGCUGGCAUCGUGUGGUGUCGCUGGACCCCGAUAUGGCAGACUCGAGACAUACGGGAGGGAUCUCGGCCUCAGCUGUUCACGUCACUGGCCGAGUGUUGGAGUCUACCACGGAUGUGGAGCUGGCAGGCGUUGUACCACCAGAACGGGCGUCGAGGAGGAAGAACGAAGGCGGCCUAUCACUGCUGCACCGGCGAAGCGAAAAAGACAGUGAUGACUGGAGCUGGAACGAGGACGUAUAG